AUGACAGAGGCAGGAGAGCAGCAGCGCGGAGAGAGAGCGGACGACGAAAGGAGGGGCGUCUUCAUGGUUUUUCCCGUGGAUCAUCAAGCAAUGGGUGCAGUCUGCGGCGGGAGUUGCGUUGUCGGCCUCCGCCGGCGGGCCCGGUACGCCAAUGUUCUUGUUGCCGCUCCUCUGUUCUUCCUCUCGUCCGUGCGGAUGGCGACAGCGGGAAUCUUUCCCUACGACAACCUGGAGCUCGAGUAUCCUCACCUGAUCUAUCGAGAAUCGGGGAUGUUUGCCCCCGGAAAGGGUUUCCUGGAGAUUGGAGCCGGAGGGGGGGACGGGGAGAGCUUCAUCCGUUUGAGCGAACUCCAGUUCGAAGCGGAUGGCACCGGGCUAUGUUCGCCAGCGGAACAAGAGAUAAACUGCCCGAAAGAGGUUGGGCACGUCGAACUCGCUAUUUUCGAGCAGAAAAGCUUCGGGCACGUCGGCGUAUCGGUGGAGGACAUCAAGUACUACUGCUGCGACAACACCGCUCAGGCGGUAGGGGCGUGUCACUCGGAUGAGGCCGGCUCUCUGCUGCUCCCAGACCCGACUGAAAUUUGGUGGCACGAAAAGCUGUCCAUCAUCCCGGGCAUUCCUGCGAGACUGGAACACAGCGAUCUCUACAGGGUGCCUGAGACUGGUAUGUACAUCGUCCUGGUGGCCAACUGCGACCAGAGGACGGGAUCGAUCUUCAUCAACGGCCACAGCGAGUGGAAAAAUCCUUACGGGUACCUUCCCGGCGCGUCUUACGGCGACCUCCCCUUCUUCUUCUGUCUGGCGAUCGUUUACCUUUCCCUGGGCGUCAUCUGGAUGAUCGUCUGCAUGGUGAACAUCAAGGAUCUGUUGGCGGUACAACUCUGGGCCUCUCUGGUGCUUGUCCUUGGGAUGGUGGAGACAGGGGCUCAAUACUUCGACUAUAGGGAGUGGAACCUCGAGGGGACAAGAGGGGUAGGAGCCAGGUGUUUCGCCAUCAUCUUCGGUGCGGCGAAGCGCUCGCUGUCUCUGUCGCUUGUCCUGAUGGUGUGCAUGGGGUACGGCGUGGUGCGGCCUUCCCUCGGGCGCGACGUGCACAAGAUCAUGGCCAUGGCCCUCAUCUACUUCCUCUCCUCGGCGCUAUGGGUGGCGUUUCGAGCCAGCGUGGACGUCGGGGACAAGGACUUCGCCACUCGAGCAGGCGUAAACGCGGCGGCGAUGUUGGUUUUCGUCAAUGCGACCAUCAUGGUUAUCUUCUUCAUGUGGACGAUCCAGGCAAUCGUCGGAGUCAUCCAGCACCUGCAAGUCAGGGGCCAGACGGCGAAGCUCGCGCUGUACGUGAACUUCCGGAGGGUUCUCGUGGGCAGCGCCAUCUUCGGCGUGGUUUGGGCAGUCUACGGUGUCGUCCGCUCCUCGGAAAUCGAGGAGGAACGGCAUUGGGAAAGUUACUGGACGGUUGACGCAAUCUGGGAGGUGCUCUACUUGGCGGUGUUGGUUGCAGUCUGUUUCCUGCUCAGGCCUUCGAUGAACUCUCAAAGGUUUUCCUAUGCGGCUCUGCCCACUCUCAGCGGCAAGGGCGGUGACGAAGACGGGGGCGACAUCCUGCUGCAGUCCAUCGACGAUGACGCCGAGUUCGGUGGUAGCCUGGAUGAGGGUGAGGACAAAGCGGACGAGUUCAAUGGCGCCAUCCCCGGCCGAAAGAUGGCACCCAAGCCCAUCCCCAAGAAAGAAAACCAAGAUUAAUAGCGGAAGCAUCACAGGGGACUAACCCCCUUCAAAAUGGAGUGCGAUGGGGGGUGUACUCAUUGUCCUGCUUGCCCUGGUCGUUAGACCGUUGACCUCGCAUCCCUACGAAGUCGGGAAGGAGCACGCCGGGUUCUCACCGGACCAGGCUCUCACAUCAUAUUCGGCGAGUCCCAUGAAGGGCGCGCUGCAUCCUGCUAAGGGUGUUCGGCACCUUGUCCUUACUUCCUUGCAUACGGAGGACAGCUGCGAAUGAGUUCACUUCCAGAGACAGUCAUGAGCAGUGUGUAACUGCCUCGAGGAUGCUUGAGCAUUUUAACACAACGCGGUGCGAUCAUCCAUCCCCUUCCACGCGGAGUGAGGGUUCUCGACUCCACACAACAUGAUCUACUCGGCCACCAUUAUAAUUAAUGGGGGAGGAGGGGGUCUUGUGCGUUGCUCCUGACUGGAAGUCUUUUUCCACAGAAGCAGACAUGCAUGUACGUAUGCAAACGGACGGUAGAAAUUGCGGGGAACUUGUUGUCCAGUGGGAACACAAAAAUCUUCUUCUCUUGUUCGUAAACGUUGUUGUAUAGGCGGCAGUUUGGCUGACUGUUGGCUUUGGUUGGGUGGGCCAUCGGCAUGAGGUUCUUGGGACGAAGAUUCCUUUGCACUGCCUUGUCGGUCACGUUGGUUUCGAGUCGGGAAGCGAAUUUUACCUCACUGAUGGCGAAUAAUUGCGAAAUUUUCCCCCGCAUCCAUGUGUCCAAGUGUGCACGGUAUUGGGUUGGCAUGACUACCGGUGGGUGGCGAUGCCAUGGGCUGUUCUCUUUCAACUGAUAAAAAAUGGACCGGUGGAUGUCUCUGUCCUCUGUGCCGAUUUCGACAUGGAUUGGGCGGGUCGGCUGCCGCUGCAUGACCGGCGGGUUGGGUUUGAUUUUUGACCAUGUAUUUCUUUUUAAUGGAGUUUUUUUGAUGGAUCAAAUGUCACUUGUGUGACGUAUGCUAUGUUUAUGGUUUCCAAAUCAUUAUCUCCCUUUCUUUCGACAAAUGUUGCCUUUUUCGACCUUUUCGGCAGUCUGCCUCCCGAACGAGUGUGAAUCAGCUGUUC